AUGUCCAGCCAUGAUUCUUCACUUUUCUCAAUGAAGGUUCACUACAAUGGUCAAUUUACAGAGAGUCCAAACAAAGCUUAUGUUGGGGGCAAAAUAAAUUACAUAGAUGACUGUGAUUGUGAACUGAUGUCGCUCAUUGAAAUGGAUGAUAUAACUAAUACUCUUAGUUAUGCUCCAUAUAUUGGAUUUUACUACAAAUUUUCUGGGUUGGAUUUGGACAAAGGGCUAGUACAUAUGAGUAGUGAUGAACAUGUAUUGGAUAUGUCACAUCAUUUGCAUAAAAACAGGGUAGCUCAAGUAUAUUUUAAACAUAUAGGAGGUAUUAAAUUACUGGAGAGUCAAACUGGAUCAUCUAGAGGCAAAAACAAUCAUUCUGUUGAUGGUGAUCACCCAAUUGAUGACAAUGGCAUAGGGGAUGGGGAAGCAUCAGAAUCUGAAUGCAGUGAAUGUGAAGAUUUGGUUGAUAAUGAUUAUGAAAGUGAGUAUGAUGACAUGUUGUAUGAGAAUUGUGUUGAUCAUGAAGUUGAAUGGACUAGUUUGAAAAGUAACAGCCAAAAAACAACAGUAACAGGCAUAAGGCAUGGCUUAGACCCAAGUGACUCAGAUGGUGAUUCUGAGGACAUUGUAAGUUGUUGUAGUUCAUCUGACGGAGAGACUGAUGCAAGAAAAAAAAAUCAAAAUUUGAAGUGUUUAAGGAAAACAAAGAUAAUGAAAACCCAAAAUUUAAGCUAA